AUGGCCCUUCUUUGCUCUCAAUCUUCUUGUGGUGUUUUGUGCUCAUUCUUCGCUCUUCUUCUCCUACUUUCCCUUCAAUGCCAAGUAGCUUCUUCGUCUCCGCUGUUAAACUUGAGACGUCACCGUAACCUCUUCCAACAGCAGAGACCAAUGGUCCAAGUCAACGAAAGCACUUGUUCAUUGUUCGUGGGCACUUGGGUGCGUGAUGAAACAUACCCACUUUACCAAUCUUCUAGGUGUCCAAUCAUAGACCCAGGAUUCAAUUGCCAAAUGUACGGUCGUCCAGAUUCUGGUUACCUCAAAUACCGUUGGAAGCCCCUCCAUUGCGAGCUCCCAAGGUUCAAUGGGGUUGAUUUUCUGAUGAAGAUGAAAGGCAAAACCGUGAUGUUCGUGGGUGACUCGCUGGGAAGGAACCAAUGGGAGUCUUUGAUUUGUAUGCUAUCUGCUGCAACACCUCAGGCACGAACACAACUGGUCAAUGGAGAUCCUCUUUCAACCUUCAGAUUCUUGGAUAAUGGUGUGAGCAUUUCAUUUUAUAGAGCUCCUUAUUUGGUAGAAAUCGAUGUGGUCCAAGGGAAGAGAAUUUUAAGGCUGGAAGUGGUAGAUGGGAAUGGUAAUGCAUGGAGAAGCGCUGAUGUGCUGUCGUUUAACACAGGGCAUUGGUGGACUCAUCAAGGAUCUCUUAAGGGGUGGGAUUACGUAGAAUUUGGAGGCAAAUCCUACCCGGACAUGGAUCGCAUGGCAGCUUUGGAAAGAGGUCUGAAAACAUGGGCUAAUUGGGUGGACACCAAUAUUGAUAGAAGCAGAACCAAAGUGUUCUUCCAGUCAAUUUCUCCCACACACUACAACCCAAACGAAUGGAAUGCUGGUGGGUCAACCAUGAUGACUACAAAGAAUUGCUAUGGUGAAACAGCACCUAUUAGUGGCACAAAAUACCCCGGAGCAUACCCGGAGCAGAUGAGGGUUGUGGAAAUGGUGAUUGGAGAAAUGAGAAACCCUGCAUAUCUUCUGAACAUCACAAUGCUAUCAGCACUGAGGAAAGAUGGGCACCCCUCCAUUUACAGUGGUGAUUUGAGUGCUAAGCAGAGAGCUAACCCUGACAUCUCAGCUGAUUGCAGCCAUUGGUGCCUUCCUGGAUUGCCAGAUACUUGGAAUCAAUUAUUCUAUGCUGCUUUAUUUCAUUAA